AUGGAAACUUCUCCAUCCAUAAGGGAUCAAAAUCAAGGCGAUCCAAUUCCGAGGGCCGAUCAAAAUGCAAGCUCCGAGCAAAAUUCAAGCUCUGAUCAAAAUACAAGCCCUGAUCAAAAUCCAAGUCCUGCUCAAGAUGAAUCCUGGGACCUUCCUCCUCCUCCACCGGCAGUGUACGCAUCUCGCGAUAUUGCCAAAAACCGUUUAAAUGAGUUUGCUACGCAACAUGGAUAUUCGAUCUCCUUUAAAAGCACAUCGAGAAACGGCAGAAUCUCGUAUAUUGGCUGUCAUCGCUCUGGAAACAGAACCUCAAAAUCGCAAGGCAUUCGCUCUAAAACAACUCAGCAAACAGACUGUCGGUUUCAAGCCCGUCGUACUAAGCGUUAUGACGACCAGCUCCAAUUUACAGUCGACAAUCCAAGCCAUAACCAUCCUGCAACUGCUGAAUCAACAUUAGUGGCUAAUCGAAGAUUCCAAAUCCGCAUGUUUCAGCGAUUAAUCAAAAGGCUAUUUGCUGGACAUACGAAUCAACAAAUUCUUGGUAUCAUUCGGAGCCGAACUCGCAAUGGGGAAUACCAUCUGUCUGUUCGGGAUAUCCAAAACUUUCGCACAAGUGAGCGAACUCGCGAUCUCGCGGAGCGUUUAUAUGCUGAGAGUAGAGUUCCAUUGAAUGAAAUACUACCAAACCCGAUAACACCACUAGUCAGACCGCCAAUAUGCAGCAGUGGCACGGACACGAUAUGA